AUGCCAAGUGCCACGGAUAUGGAUAUCUCGACCAGAAAGCGCAAAGAACGCGAUGACGACUCCGCGACCGCCGUUCCGAAGACUGACGAGGAGAAUUCGAUUAAUGGAGCGCACCCAGAAACAGAACCCACCCCCAAGCGACAGAGGACGGUAGAGCCUAGGCCGGUGCACAUCGAAGAUGAGGAGGAUUUAAAAAAUGGAAUGGAAGACCUUGAAGUUGAGGAUGAAGAGUUGAAAGUUGUGGUUCCUCGAGAAAAGGCUCCAAUGGAAGGCUAUGAUGAUCUAUACCUCGAUACCAUAAACCGCAGUGUACUCGAUUUCGAUUUCGAGAAGCUUUGCUCCAUUUCCCUCUCAAACAUCAAUGUAUACGCUUGUCUAUCUCAUGCAUAUUUCCAUGCUCUUGAAGUAGGGCACCACGUAUUCAUCAACAUGCAAACACAAAAAGUCUAUGUUCUGCCAGAAGGUUACGAGGUCAAAAAUAAGAGCUUGGAUGACAUAAAGUUUGUGUCUGAUCCUACAUACACAAAAGAGCAGGUCAUGGCUAUGGAUCGAGAAGCUAAAACCUCGUGGACUCUGUCUGGCAAAGAAUAUAUACCAGGUUUUGUCGGCAUGAACAACAUCAAAGACAACGACUAUUUCAAUGUAAUAAUACAAGCACUUUCCCAUGUACCACCACUUCGAAAUUUUUUUCUGUUGGAGGACUUUCGUAAUAAACCGGAACUCAUAAAACGUGUGUCGAUCCUGUUUCGAAAAAUAUGGAAUCCAAGGGCCUUCAAAUCUCACGUCUCUCCUCACGAACUUCUCCAAGAAAUCUCCCUCAAAUCCAAUAAGAAGUUCAAUCUAACCACCCAAUCCGACCCCGUCGAUUUUCUCUCUUGGUUCCUUAACAACCUACAUCUCGCACUUGGAGGGUCGAAAACCAAACCCGGCUCUUCAGUAAUCCAAAAGAUAUUCCAAGGGAAACUGAAAGUCGAAUCUCAAGCUAUCACCGCCAAAGCCGACGCUGGUGAUCGAUUACGGUUUGAAGAUGCAGAUGUCAAGACAGAUGUUAGUAGAUUUAUGCUACUGACGUUAGAUUUACCCGCAGCGCCGUUGUUUCAAGAUGAAUUAGAACGAAAUAUCAUUCCCCAAAUCCCUUUGACCAGUAUACUCGCAAAAUACGAUGGUCUGAAAGCCCAAGAGCAUCUCAACAUGCGCAAACGUUAUCGAUUGCUUCACCCACUUCCGCCCUUCCUCCUCUUCCACAUAAAACGCUUUUCUCAUAACAAAUUCGUCGAUGAACGCAAUCCUACCAUCGUCACUUUCGACGCGCGCAAUUUAGAUAUGUCACCAUAUAUUGAACCUGAUAUGAAACAUGCUAGACCUGGUGAGCCGAUAUGGUACGAUUUAGUUGCAAACAUAGUACAUGAAGCAGUUAGGGGGCGAGAAGAUAGUGUAGAGGGAGAAUCGGAAAAGAGGAGCUGGAAGGUGCAGUUAAGAGAUAAAGCGACCGGAGAGUGGAAGGUAGUACAAGAUUUGUUUGUGGAAGGAGGUCAGAGAGAAUUCUUGCAUUUGGGAGAGAGUUACUUGCAGGUUUGGGAAAAGAGGAGGGAAGUUGCGGGGAAGGGGAAGGGGAAGGCUAUUUAG